UACACACACAGGAGGAGUCUCUAGGACCCGAAACAACCAGGAAGUAAAGCCCAUCUAAACAGAACAUGAGGGUUAGGUAUCGCUGUAGUGCCUGUGUCGGUGAUGUUUUAUAUUGAAUCUUCAGCAGUGGCGCUCAAACUCUCUCUGAUCCUCACUGAGAGCAUCUGAACCAACAACAGCAGCGGGCAUCAGCCUCAUACAAUUAACCAGCACUUCUGGGGUGCCUGGCUCUUCACCGAAGACAUGUCAACAGAGGACGGAUCUAUGAAUCACAGCAGUCACACUUCUCCUGCAGCCCUGCUAAUCGUCCACCAAGUGAGGGGCCACAAAGCAUGCCAGAAACACACAUAAACACCCCACUGAAAUAACAGGUUGAGGAUCAGGAGUCAUGGAGUCUCUCUUCGGUGGCCAGUUGGGCCUGCUGGGGGGUAACGAGGGUCUGAAAGAAGAUGGCUGCGGGGUGGGCUGGUCCAGCUCUCCCUUAUCAGAGGAUAUGUACUCUGCCUCCCACUUCGCCCUCAUCAGCGCCUACCAGGACAUUAAGACUCGACUGGCUGGCCUUGAGCGAGAAAAUGCAGACAUCAAAAGAAAACUCAAGAUUUACGAGAUAAAGUUUCCCAUGAUAAGCGAGUUUGGAGAGGACAGAAACUCCUACUGCUCCUUUGAGCCCAAAGACACAGCGCUGCUCCAGUCAGAGAAUGGCAGUCUGCAACAGAGAGUCAACAUGCUGACCCUCGAGCUUCAGAAGAGCAAAGAACGAGAGGAGCAGCUUGAAGAUGUCAUUCAGGCCUAUGAGAAGAUCCACAUGGAGAAGUCCAGCCUUCAGCGAGACCUGGACAAGAUGACGUCUCUGGUGGAGAAACACGUUGAGCGGAUUCACAGUCUCGAGUCAGCUCUGAGGCAGAGGGAGAGCUCUCUACACAAACUCAACACACAGCUACACAACAAAGACAUGCAGUAUCUGCAACUACACAGCCCUGACCCACAUAUGCUAGACUGCCCCAUGACCCUACAGAGCUCCCGAAGUCUGGACACCCUCUCUGACCUCAAAUUACAGCGCCUGGAGGCGGAGCUAGAGGGGGCACGGCAUGAGGCUCAGGGGGCGUGUCAGAGGGAGGAGGAGCUAAAAGCAGAAUGUGAGAGAUUACGGGAAGAGCUGAGAGAACUGCAAAGCAACCAGAGACAGAGGGAGGUGAGCUCCACAUGUGGACAGUGUGAUGUGGAGUGGAUAAAGAAAGUUGGAGAUGAACAAGUCAAUCUGGCUUUGGCCUAUACUGAGCUAACAGAGGAGUUGGGCAAGUUACAGGCUCUGACCUCAAAACAGACCGAGAUAUUGCGGAAAGCCUCACAGGAGCCUGCGAGCCCAGUUCAGCGCCACUCUCCUGUCCCUCACCAGAGGCAUUCGCCUGUUCCGCAGCGGCAUUCCCCUAUCCAACAGCGUCAUUCCCCCAUUCAACAGCGUCACUCCCCUGUGCCCCAGCGGCGCUCCCCUAUCCUGCAGCGUCUCUCUCCGGACAUGCACCGUCGCUCACCUCUGCCUGAGCUCAGCGACGGCCCCGCAUCCUAUUCUUGCAGGCCCACUUCCCACCACCUGAGGGCCAGUUUCCAGGGAAGACGCAGUUACUCUGAAGUAGCCGAUCCGUCGGCUUAUCAACGGCCACCACGGUUCACUCUGGACCCGGUGUCCACCCUGCCGAAACCUCGACCUUAUGUUGACAGCUACCACAAGCAGCAGCAGCAACAGCAGCAGCAACAACAACAACAACAGCAACAUGGAGGAAGCCAGCACAUGUUAGUUCAAAGACAAGGCUCUCAAUCCGGGGUUGGAGGCGAUGGGGGAUUGGCUGAAUCUCCACGGCUGUCCAGGGAGCUGUCCUUCCACCACUCGGAUGUGUCCCACUUGCAUUUCGAGCCUCAGCCCAGCCCGGCACCUCUGCAUUCUUCCCCACAGCCUCCGCAGUCGUCAGAGGAUGAGGAGGAGUGGUCCUGCCCUCAUCCCAUCAGUCCACCGCGAACACUGGGGGUGUCGAGCCCCUCAUCGAGCAGCAGAGGCCCCGCCUCUUGUUCAGCUUUCCCCAUUCCUUCCCGUCCCAACACCCUAAGCUGCCACCCACCUGGAUACCUGCAUGCAGAGCACGCCCAGUCGUGGCCAUCCAUCAACCUGUGGAUGGAGACCGAGGAGGAGGGUGACGUCAGGAGCUGCCCGUUGUGCCAGCUAAUCUUCCCUGUUGGUUACCCUGAUGAUGCCUUGAUCAAGCACAUUGACUCGCACCUGGAGAACAGCAAGAUCUGACACCCACAGCCACACCAUGACCUUCCGUUGUUCCGCAGUUACAUUCAUUUUUUGCUCCCGGUAUUUUUAGCUGGGUGCCUUCAGACAGAAUGUAGGCGAUGCACCUGUGGCCAGCCUCACAAUUUAAGUGAAACGGAUAUCAAUGAUAAACUACACAGCUCAGAUAUGGUGUGAAAGGCUCAUAUCUCUAUAUCUCACUUCUUUUUAACACUACUUUCUUGAAAUUGGUAACUUUCUAUUUUGAACAUUGUCAGAAAUUACAUAAACAAAACCAAACUUACUCUACAAAAGAAACAUAUUGCAAUAUUAAGGCUCUCAUUUAAGCUUUUAGCUACUGUUCCCAUGAUUAUUUUCAUUAUUUACCCUUCGACGUGGGAAGAUACAGGAUGAAUAUGAGGGAAUAUUAGACACAUGGCCAAUGGCUGCAUCAUUUGAAUUUCAGCACUUUAUAUAAGCACUUAAUAUCCAGUUUACCUUUACCAAUAUUACUAACACUAAGGCAAAAAAGUAACACCUUAUAGAUAUAAUUUAUUUUUUAAUACUCCAGGGUUUUGCCCUUAUAUAUAUCUUAGUUUGGCAGGACUUCCCUUUAACAAAACAGGAUUAUUUGUAAUUAUCUGUAAAUUCACAAUCACAUCUAUUUUGUUUGUCUUCCGGGGUGUUUGGCUGUACAAAAAAAGGAAGAUUUUUUUUCUUCCCUAUAAAGACAUUCUUAAAGAAUUUCCUCUUAUAAUAUACAAAAUGAUUGCAGCUCUGGGCAAACAGAUAUAGCCAACCACUGACAAAACACCAGUUACUGUUGUUUCUCAAGACAGUAACACUGUGAUUUCUGUAGGAUGGUUUUUGAUCUUUUUGAUGUAAAUUACUUCAGAAAAAUUGCUUUGACAAAAUAAUAUAUUCUUCUGAUCACAUCACAGAGCGCGAUCAGUUUUAUCAGUUUUUUUUUUUUAUGUACUGUAAAUGUUUACCUGUAUUUAAAGCCAAUUAUGUGUAUUAACCUGUAAAUUCAGCUAUAUAAUAUAAAUAUGCAUUUUGCAAGCUCCGAUAAGAGCAAAUGGAUUGCUGAAGAUUAAAAGAAAAACAUUGGAACUGCUAAUUAAAGAUUUGUAUUGUUGUAAUCCAAACAAUAAAGCCACCCAGUUGAAUUAGGUUAACUAUCUUACUAUCCCCUAUUCUUCCAGAUGUACCAUAUGUUUAAAAGUCUUCUUUCUUGCUACUUUCCCUGAUUCUGCAGACUUUGUGAAAUUGAGGGCACUGGAUAUGCUACUAACCCAAAUACAGAGGAACUAAAAUGGGAAAGUGGCACAAAGAAGUCAUCGCUGGUGCACAUGUGCGAAAUUACAAAGCCAAAUAUAGCGAAGAGCAAAAUGAGAAGCUGUACGCUGUCUGUCAAAUAACUGGGUGGAGGAGGUUUCAUCCAAUUGAUCGUCUAAUUUUAUGUGGUAACCCUUAAUAUUCUGGAAAAUACCCUCACGGUUGUUGUAAAUAUUAAUCGUUUAUGAUGUCACCAUUAAAUAUUCCAUGAAAGACUAACAAACAGGUGUGGAUAAACUGAAAUACCAUCAAUACAACCAAAGACACAGCUUGUUUUUUCAUUUCUUUUCACAUGAUAACCACUUCACCAUUUCAGCAUAUUAUGUUGAAAUAUGGUGCAAAACUGGAACAUGUGGAAAAACAUUUUUAAUGGGUUGUGUGCAGAUGUGGAAAGUCACAGCUAAAGACAAUCCAUUUCUGCAUAAUCACACACAAGUUUCCAUAUAUAGCUUGUCUUGCACCCUUGUCGCCGAACAUGCAGAGUAGAACAAAGUUAAACUUCAGCCACUAUUCACAAAGAUUCGCUCAGGAGUUAUUUAAAGAGCUAUUGCUGUUUCCUUGUUCCUCAAGACAGUGUUUUUCUCAUGCAAAGGCAAAUUAGCCAACUGAAUGCUUUUCUGGAUGCGCAAAGUAUAUGGUCUCUCUUUUGCCCUGUAGUUUGGUGUGUGACUUUUUUGUGAUAUUCUUAAAUAACUCAGGGGAUAAAACUUUGUGAAUAUGGCUCCUUGACCAUACAGGACUAACCUCCACAGGGACAAUGUGACAACUCGCCAAAUCUAUUAAAGAGCUAAGAGGACAAUAAUGGGGUAGAGAUAUUUUGUCAUAGCAACAAGAUACUGUAAAGAAAGAAAGAAAAAAAAAGAACAUUGAAAAUGAAUGCAUAUUGUGUCAAAAAUUCUUCUGUAAAUAAUAAACUGGAACAUGCACUGA